ACUAGAUGGACGGCUCUGAUCUUUCGAGAGGUCAAUUUAAGCUGAAUUUCAUCUGAGGCUAAGCUUCAUUUCCCGUUCUUCAUACGCGCGGAGGCAGACAGCGUGCGAGCAUUCGUCACAGAAGGAGAAGAGACGCUCUCCCGUCGCGGCCUCAAGAUCAUAUUAAGAGAUGGCAGAAACUGAGGAUAUUCAACCGCUUGUUUGUGACAAUGGAACUGGAAUGGUCAAGGCUGGAUUUGCUGGGGAUGAUGCUCCAAGGGCUGUCUUUCCAAGCAUAGUGGGGCGACCCCGUCACACUGGUGUGAUGGUUGGCAUGGGCCAGAAAGAUGCUUAUGUAGGCGACGAGGCUCAAUCCAAAAGAGGUAUUUUGACACUGAAGUAUCCAAUUGAGCAUGGGAUUGUCAGCAAUUGGGAUGAUAUGGAGAAAAUAUGGCAUCACACCUUCUACAAUGAACUUCGUGUGGCUCCUGAGGAGCACCCAAUCCUGUUGACAGAAGCUCCUCUGAAUCCCAAGGCUAACCGUGAGAAAAUGACUCAAAUCAUGUUUGAGACCUUUAAUGCCCCUGCAAUGUAUGUUGCCAUUCAGGCUGUCCUGUCUCUCUAUGCUAGUGGCCGUACAACUGGAAUUGUUCUGGACUCCGGGGAUGGUGUGAGUCACACAGUCCCCAUCUAUGAGGGUUAUGCGCUCCCCCAUGCAAUCCUGCGUCUGGAUCUUGCCGGGCGUGAUCUCACUGACUAUUUGAUGAAGAUACUGACUGAGAGAGGCUACUCAUUCACCACAACGGCCGAGCGGGAAAUUGUAAGGGACAUAAAAGAGAAGCUGUCUUACAUUGCUCUUGAUUACGAGCAGGAGCUAGAAACCUCAAAAACCAGCUCUUCCGUGGAGAAGAACUAUGAGCUGCCCGACGGACAGGUGAUCACGAUCGGGGCGGAGAGGUUCAGGUGCCCGGAGGUGCUCUUUCAGCCAUCGAUGAUUGGAAUGGAGGCUGCUGGGAUCCAUGAGACCACAUACAAUUCAAUCAUGAAGUGCGACGUUGAUAUCAGGAAGGAUCUGUACGGGAACAUUGUGCUGAGCGGUGGGACGACGAUGUUCACGGGCAUUGCGGACAGGAUGAGCAAGGAGAUCACAGCACUGGCGCCAAGCAGCAUGAAGAUCAAGGUGGUGGCUCCGCCGGAGAGGAAGUACAGUGUGUGGAUCGGAGGGUCCAUUUUGGCCUCUCUCAGCACAUUCCAGCAGAUGUGGAUUGCCAAGGGAGAGUACGACGAGUCUGGGCCGUCAAUUGUUCACAGAAAGUGCUUUUAAAGCAAAGCAACAGACACUUUUCCUGGUCAAAUCCAUCUGGUCGUCGUGGGCUGUUUUUAUUUUUUAUUUUUCCUUAAAACAAUAAUUUCUUCUUCUUCUUCUUUGUCCUUCCUUGUCUAUUAUUUGUUUCGUGAGAUUUUCCCUCUCUCCCUCCGCACCCCACCCCUAUUUAAACUCUUGUUGUUUUAAGAUUCGAUGAUGAUAUUGUUGGCGAACUAGUAAGUGAUUGAUUUUCCUGAUUUAUGAUGA